AUGGAGAAGCACCCUCUCUCGCCGCAAGCAUGCGGCUCUGCCAACCCUCCCACUGAAGGCUCCUUCAGUUUCACGCCUAUCAAAGCACUGAGCGCCUUGCCGCGCCUGUGGGAUCGCAAACCCUCGACGCCAGUCCGGGCCGGAGACAAGACAAGAAAGUUGUGGAAGCGCAUUCGCUUCCCGUUUACCGGCAUGACUGCCGCGACAGAAGACCAGACCUCGGGGGUUGGCGCCUCUAAAAACUCGGAUUAUCAGCGCGGCGUGAAGCGCCAGUGUGUUGACCCCGCCGACGCAGACCAGGAGACCGAGGCCGAGAAGCGUGGUCGGUCUUUCCUGGAGACUAAAUGGGAGAUGCAGGCGUCUCGGAAGCGACGCAAGGUGCCCGAAUUCAAUUUCAACAUCCACGAAGAUGGCUCCCAUGAGGUGUUUGGUUUCACUGCGAACCAGCCCGAGGACGUGCCCAAAGAUGUUGUCGGCGACGUAGCUACGAAUGCGUCAACCCAGCCGCUCAGCGAUCUGUGGGAGACUUCCAAGACACCGGUCUACAAUGACAAUAUGGCCACCGAUACAGCAUCCAACACAAAGACGGCGCAGGAUCUACAGUCUGCACCAUCCAGCCAAGACACGCCUACUGUGAUCGACAACACAGGAGAGGACAAGACCGCUGUCGUGUCCACAGAGUGCGUGCAAGACCUGACGCAAGAGCAGGAGAUCAAGCUGGUACGAUCGGCAUUGCGAAGCUCCUUGGAUGGAGAGGACGCAGAGCUGCUCAACGACUUCCUGUUCAGGGCGAAUGCGAAGCGGGCUGCCAAGGCCACGCAUCCCGAAGAUUCGAAAUCAACGGAGAUGUCUUCCAGCACGAAGGAGUCGCCAGAAGUUGAAUGCUCAACUCCACCACGCCGUGUGCUAGUGGAACUGACAACCAAUUCACCUUCACCUGUCAAGCUGCAAAUCUCGCCUAGCAAAUUUGACGCGAAGCGUGGUGCCGAUGGCGCCGAUGAUCAGGAGGAUAUCAUCCCCAAAGAGCUGAAGGAAGAACAAGCCCCUGCAAGCCCUGCAUAUCGUCGAAGCACCCGUGCCAAAGGCUCGAGCACCCCUAGCAUGCGCAACACUAUCUCACUUCGCCGAGCCAAAGGGACAGAAUUCGUUUUCCUACAGCGAACCGAGACCCAGCAGGUGGCCAUGGCCACGAAGCGCAAUACCCGGUUCAACAAAGGCAAAUCUGUAACUCCCAUGGUCGCCCUAGAAGCUCUGGCUCAACAGUCGAGCGAGCAAGAGCUUCAGACGGGCAACUCACAGAAUGAGGACUCAAAUCACAAGGACACUAACUUCCGUGGGCUGAUCAAACCGCGAAAGCAAGUGUCGUGGAAUGAGGAGCGUAUGGCCGAGUAUGAAGAGUACAGAGAACCAAUAUACGACCAGGAGGAUGAAGAGGAGGGUGACCGAUGCACGAAUGACGUGGGCGCAACGCCUCGCCCGCGACCAGAAAGCAAACGUUCGGUGAAGAAGGCAGAGUCCGGCCAUCGCAGCAGCCGUAGCCAAACGCAAAAGGCAGAUGUAAAUGCCGAUAGUGGGGCCACCGAGAGCGGUUCAACCCCGACUACUGCACCUGCUACUGUAACCCCCCGCUCACGCCGCGUGAGGCGUUUGGGUGACUCGGGUAUCUUGGGGUCUGGUACCCCAGUUAAGACUGGAAGUCGCAGCACAAGCAAGCCUCCUGCAGCCUCGGCAGCCUCGGCAGCCACGGCGUCCGCUGCUGCCCCCUCCACACCUACCAAGGGCCGCCGCAAGCUUGCUCCCAAAUCGCCUAUCUCGUCCAAGCUUCCCGCCCGAGCCUCCAAGGGCGCCAAUAACACUGCGGAUCAUUUCGUCAGUGGUAUCCCUACUCGCAGCUCAAAAAGCACAGAUGACGGAGAGCGACAGAGUAUGCUUCAGAUGAGUGCAGGGUGCACACCCACAGCUCGGCGCGUUCGGUCGAGAUCUUGA